AUGUCAUCGUGGAUCUUCGUUAGCGAAGAUAACAUACGUGGCAGAAAUCAAAAAGGAGUCUCGCUAUGGGCUCGUGUGCACAAUCUGUAUCACGAACACCAAGCAGAAAAGCCAGAUGAGCUGAACGAAAGAAAUAUCGAAUCAAUGAAAGGUCGUUGGAAACGGCUUAAUGAAAAUGCAAACAAGUGGGUGGCUGCUUACAAGGAAGCGUGUGUUCGGAAAAUGAGUGGAAUGACCGACAAGGAUGUUGAGAACGAAGCUCAUAGAAUUUAUGAAGCAGGUGGUAGCAAGUUUCAGGAUUCGAUUUUCUUCAAUGAAGUUAUGUGUAAACAUCCAAAGUGGGAGUUGAUACCGCUUCAGGAUAAAACUCGUUUUCGUCCUGAAGAUGAAGAGGGUAAUGACGAAGAAAGUGGUGGAAGCACCAAAAGAUCAAGGACUUCCGAAGAUGCAGAGUAUCCUAGGCCUUCCUAUCAAGAAACUCCAAGUACCGGAUGUUCCACUCCUUCCCGUCCUAUUGGUAGAGAUAAGGCGGAAAAGAAAGGAAAAGGUAAGAUGCCACAAUCUGAUUUCUCUAAUGAAUUUGUUGCAGAAAUUCGUGCAUUGAGACUUUCCAGGGACAACGAAACGGAGGCAAUGAAGAGUGUGUCUAAUGCUAAAAUGGAAUUAGAGCGUGAAAAGUUGCAGGCCUCAAGGAUGAAGAUGAAAGAAAAAAUGUUGAAUACCUUGUUAGCAAAAGAACAUUUGUCUCCAGCAGAUGAGGAGACAAAACGCAAGCUUAUGGCAAUUGUAUUUGGAGAAUGA